CCGUCCGUCCGCGCCUCUGCGUUCCGCCACUCUGCAGUCCUCUCGCCCGUUCUCCAUCUCCGGUCCAGGCGCCGCCGCCUGCACUCGACGCCACACCCCACGACGUCCGAGCGGCCGAGCCCCUAGCACCACUGGCCGCCGGCGUCUUGCCGCUGUCGUGCAACCGGCCGACGCCCGGCGCCUCGAGCCCGGUCAGGUCCUACGCUGCUGCGCAACGCCCAGGGACCCGCGCCUCGACGGCGGCGCCAGCACCGCGGCACUGGAGCCAUCCCCUAUCGGCAAAUUCCUUCGCGAAGACAGGUGACCAGUUUAGGGGCAUACAGGUCAAUUUACAUUCAGGAUCUCCAGACAGCUGCCUUUUGGAAAAGUGAGUCCAGAACAGUUAUUCCACACAGGGCCUAUCCAUAUUCCUCCCUGUCCGCCACCAUGAACCCUGCCAACAGUGAGGCAGCACGGCACAAGGACAAGAAGCAGAAAAGGAAGAAGCACAAGGAUGCCAUUGAGGACGACUGCGGCGCUGCAACAGCUGAGGAAAGCGCACCCCACGAGAAGAAGAAGCAGAAGCAGAGGAAGGAUGGAGGUGAGGGGGAGGAGAAGACGAAGAGGCUGAAGCCGACUGUGAGCAUUGCUGUUGCCGGCUCCAUCAUUGACAACGCCCAGUCCCUCGAGCUCGCCACCAUGCUGGCUGGUCAGAUCGCCCGCGCCGCAACCGUCUUCCGCAUAGAUGAGGUCGUCGUCUUUGACAGCACUCCCGCUUCAGAGAAUGGCGACACGGGUGAUGGUGAAGAAAGCGGCGCACGUUUCCUUGUUCGGAUAUUGGAGUAUCUGGAGACUCCGCAGUACCUACGCCGGCGCCUUUUCCCAAUGCACAAGAACCUGAAGUUUGUGGGAUUGCUUCCACCACUUGAUGCGCCACACCACGUGCGCAAGCACGAAUGGUCCGAGUUUCGUGAAGGUGUAACAUUGGAGGGUGAUCGCUCAAAGGGGACCCUUGUUGAUGUGGGAUUAAGCAAGAAUGUUCUAGUUGAGCAAACACUAGAACCAGGGAAGAGAGUAACUGUAGCCAUGGGAACCAAUCGUGACCUAACAACAGCUUGCGUAAGGAAAGUUGUUCCCCCCUCCACCCCAAGGGAAGAGAUGGGAUCUUAUUGGGGCUAUAAAGUGCGUUAUGCUUCAAGUUUAAGUGGUGUUUUCAAAAAUUCCCCAUACAAGGAAGAAUAUGACCAUAUCAUUGGCACUUCGGAGCAUGGACAAAUAAUUAAUUCUUCGGAGCUGACCUUACCUUCUUUUAGGCAUCUUCUGAUUGCAUUUGGUGGACUUGCUGGUUUGGAAGAAAGCAUUGAAGAAGAUACAAACUUGAAAGGUAAACAUGCGAAUGAUGUAUUCACAUCUUAUUUGAAUACGUGCCCCAACCAAGGAAGCAGAACAAUAAGAACAGAGGAGGCCCUUCUCAUUUCCCUCCAAUACUUCCAAGAUCCCAUCAGACGAGUAGAACAACAAAUGUAGGUUGUGAUACAGACGCAUGCAAAUCUAUUCUUGGGCAACAAAAGUGAAGCUGCUUGCUAUAGAGCUCCAGUGGUGACAUUGGAGUUUGCUCACAGAAAGUUUUGGCCUGUUGCCUAUGUGUCAGUGAAUUUUAUUCAAGAGGUCGCUGUUGUGAACAUCUUAGCACACUUACUGAAGCGGUGAAAAUUUGUAGUGGAACUGAUUUCACCAAAAGGGCUUCGGUGUUAGGUGGCCGUCUCAAUGUAUCCAGUGGUUGGCCACGGUACAUCUGUAUCGUUGUUAACGCCGAAGGUCAUGCCUUGGUAAAGAUUGACUUGUUUCCGUUUUCCCUCCUUCCUUUCAACCAAGCUGCAGUUAUCCAUGA